AUGAUAUGUAUAGAAUGUGCCAAUACCAACAUCGAUUGUCUCUUCUCGCGAUAUAAGAGCGAAUAUAUCAAGCUUACGAUCUGUCCUGGUUGCGGAAAAAUCGCCGAUAAAUACAUCGAAUACGACUAUGUCAUACUCUUCAUCGAUAUUCUUUUGCUCAAGAAACAGGCGUAUCGCCAUUUGGCUUUCAAUGUCACAGAAUUAGAGCUUCUCAAGGAUACUCAAGUGCGGCCAAAUCACAAGAGCAAUGCUGAUUCGAAUGUAUCUGUGGUACUCCAAUGUUUCCAGUUCUUGUCUCGAUACAGAAGCCUAUUCAGAAUGAUGUUCUUAAUUAUACUCAUCGAAGUCUACCUAAUGUGGGCAUUUGAAGAGAAAAAGACUCAUAAUUCCAUCAGCAUGAGGUUCGUCCUUAACCAGGAUACCCUGUUUCAGUAUCUGUACUUCAUGGCAAAGCUGGUGGUGGAACAGCUUCUGCUCAACAUCAUGAUUCAGAUUCUCUUUAGAUAUGUCUUUGGAUGGGGAAAAAUUGAAAACAAAAAUAUAGGGAAAGAAUACCAAUACGGGUACUGGACCACAGUUUUACUAAUUGGUGUUCUUGUUCCAAGCUCCAUACGACUCUUUCCCAUAUUGAUGUUGAUAUGGCCUUACGACACAGCAACCAUAUCUACAACACUUAUUAAUAUCAUUUCUUCCAUCAACAAUAUCGAAGCCCUUCGAGUUGUCACCGAUUACAAAUAUCACACUAUUGUAUUCAUUCUAUCAGUAUCGGUAUUAUUCCAGUUGUCUUUCUCUAAGUUGUUCAUGAGUAUCAUUUUACACCACUAUUCCGCCAUUGGCUUGAAUGACAUUUUCAGAAGCGAAUACGAGGAGAUACUACAGCAAGUACGGGACUACAAACUGUGGGUACGAGCAGUUCAAGAAAGCAUCCUGUCAUAG